GUUCCGGUUAUUGCAGCAUGCGUUUUCUUUGACGGCUGCGCUGACACGUUUUUUUUCAUUAAUGCGUCUCUCGCGAAUGACCAGUAUGGAGGUUGUUAACGCCGAUUCUAUCAACACCAAUUUGGAAGCCAUGCUGCGGGAAAACACCGAUCUGUCGCCUGCAGUGGCUUCGUUGGAACUGCUACUCCAGUUCAUCGAGAACGACGACUACACGACCAUUCAAGGGAUGGAAGGUAACCUCCAGAAGGUGAUCAGAGGCAUAUGCACGGCCAAGUGUUCGAUCACGUGCGUCAGGUCAGCGUGCGAGCUGUUCGUUCGUUUCGCUACGCGCACGGCGCUCGAUUGCUCGAUCGACGAAUGCAAGAAGAAAAUGUCGACCCGAGGCCGGACUUUCUUGGAGAAGAUGCGCGCGGCGCGCUCGAAAAUCGCCACGCUCGCCGCCCCUUUCGUGCAAGACCGCUCGACGAUCCUGACGCAUUCCUUCUCUCGCGUUGUGCGUGACACGCUAUUCGCUGCGGCCGAUGACCACAAGCAUUUCACCGUCUACGUCACCGAAUCGGCGCCCGAUUACAGCGGCCGACAGCUGUACGAGGCGCUAGAGGAGAGAGGCAUCAGCGUGACGCUCAUACUGGACUCCGCUGUCGGCUACAUUCUGGAAAAAGUGGACGUGGUGCUCCUGGGAGCUGAGGGAGUAGUCGAAAGCGGCGGCAUCAUCAACAAAAUCGGCACUUACACCAUGGCAAUGUGCGCCAAAGAGAAGAACAUCCCUAUUUACGUGCUUGCCGAAAGCUUCAAGUUUGCCAGGAAGUAUCCUCUGAACCAGAAAGACUUACCCGAUGAGCUCAAGUACCCUUCGGACAGGCGCAAUGGCUCCACCGAUCUUUCCAAGGAGCACCCCAUGAUCGACUACACGCCACCUGCCUACAUCACUCUUCUCUUCACGGACCUGGGAAUUUUGACGCCGUCGGCAGUUAGCGAUGAGCUUAUAAAGCUGUACGUUUGAAAGUUCACUGAACCGGUCAUCAAACACUGUCAGUAAACUCUGACACGUGCGAGACAUGACAGUAUACUGAUGCAGCCUCCGCAGUGGUGCCCAUUCUGUGUGAAGAGGAGUGUAACAAUCAUAUUGGUUGACAUGAUGGUGUCGUCAAGUUGAGAUCAUCAUCAUGCAAGCUCAGUGAAGUGUGUUACGAGACGUCUGUUUUCAUAUACUGCUCGAAUUGCAAUCCAGCUCGAAAAAUAAAAAAGUGGUGCGAGUUUUAAAUGGUCAAAACCAAGUGUCCACCCACCCACCCACCACAACCCUGAAACCUUUUGUGUUUAUGAUUAAUUCCGCAUAUGUUUAUAAUUAUUUCUGAUUAAUUCCGCAUAUGUGAAAAGGCAGGCAGUGAGAUUCGCCGAUAUUUAUAUUGACCUUAUGUAUCUAAAUCUUCAUCAUUGCACAGGUGAUAUUUGAAAAUUUGGUAAAAUCUCAUGUUGAGAUAAAAUAUGCCCUCGCACUAUGCAUUAUUUGCAUGCCGCUCACAAAUCUACUUCCUUUUGAUACGGAGCGUCAACAGGCUUCCAGGAGGGUUAUAUAAAAGUAUUCAGGAGCUUCGACAUAAUAUCUGAAUAUGUACUUCAAGGGGAGAAUAAAAUGCCUUUAUAUCGGCUUCAUGCAAAUUGAAUAA